UUCAGUGACGUCAAAAAACGAUCAGUCAGUCAAAGAAAUAUGUCGGCGUGCUAGGAGGAACAAGUGAUAGUGUUAUUGUAAAAAAUAUUGGUUUUCCGUUAUUCAAAAUUAAUAAACUAUUUUCUAAUAGACCUUUUUAAAUUGUUGAAAUGGCUGCUCAUGUUGUUGGUAUCGGGAAGCCGGAAUAUAUAGUCGGUGGAAAAUAUCGUUUAGUUCGUAAAAUCGGAAGUGGAUCUUUUGGUGACAUUUAUUUGGGUAUAAAUAUCACAAAUGGAGAGGAAGUAGCAGUGAAACUUGAAUCAAUUAGAGCAAGACAUCCACAACUAUUAUAUGAAAGUAAACUAUAUAAAAUUCUACAUGGAGGAAUAGGAAUACCACAUAUCAGAUUCUAUGGCCAAGAGAAAGAGCAUAACGUCCUAGUGAUGGACCUUCUGGGUCCAUCGCUGGAAGACCUCUUCAAUUUCUGUUCCCGUCGAUUCACCAUCAAGACAGUUCUGAUGUUAGCCGAUCAAAUGAUAGGACGCAUCGAGUACGUUCACUGCAAAUCGUUCAUUCACAGAGACAUUAAACCGGACAACUUCCUCAUGGGCAUCGGCCGCCAUUGCAACAAACUGUUCCUCAUUGACUUUGGACUGGCGAAAAAGUUCCGUGAUGCCAGAACUCGAAUGCAUAUCGGAUAUCGUGAAGAUAAGAAUUUGACAGGUACUGCUAGAUAUGCUUCCAUUAAUGCCCAUCUCGGAAUAGAACAGUCACGUAGGGAUGACAUGGAAUCUCUAGGAUAUGUCCUGAUGUACUUCAACAGGGGCUGUUUACCUUGGCAAGGUCUAAAAGCUGCCACAAAAAAGCAAAAAUACGAAAAAAUUAGCGAAAAGAAAAUGUCCACACCCGUUGAAGUACUUUGCAAGGGAUUUCCUGCUGAAUUUUCCAUGUACCUGAACUACUGCCGCGGCCUGCGUUUCGAAGAAGCCCCCGAUUACAUGUACCUCCGGCAGUUGUUCCGAAUCCUCUUCCGUACACUCAAUCACCAAUACGACUACACCUUUGACUGGACCAUGCUGAAACAGAAAGCCGCAACGGGAGGGACCGUCGGAUCUUCGACGCAACCUCAGCCUUCACAGGCCAUAGCUCAGCAGCCUGGUAAGGCAAACCGAGACAAAAAAGAUGAUGAAAAGAACAAACAGAAUUCUGCUAAAGGUACGGCACAAAAUAAAACUGUCCAUGCCUCUUCCACAGAUAUCGCUAAACCCCUCAAAGGUCAUUAGAUCCGUUUUUUUUUCUUUUUUCCUUAUUCUGAUUUUGUAAUUUUUUUUUCAUAUUAUAUUCAAAUUUCAGUUAACACAGAGUUUUGUUAAGUUCAAUUAAACGAAUAAAAUUAUAACAUUGGAGGAA